AUGGCUGAACAAGCAGUGGUUAUAGACAACGGUUCUGGAGUAAUUAAACUUGGACUUUCAGGAGAACUAAAGCCACGAUUCAUGUAUUCAAAUAUCAUAGGCAGACCGAAAUACAAACCUAUCAUGAUUGGAGCUGGACAGAAGGAUUAUUAUAUUGGAGAGGAAAUACAAGGAAGAAGGGGUAUCCUCUCAUUAAAAUACCCUGUUGAGCAUGGGGUGGUGAAUUCAUGGGAUGAGAUGGAGCUCAUAUGGAGGUAUGGCUAUCAAAGAAACUUAAUGCUGGACCCAUGUGAGAAACCAGUCCUUGUUACUGAGGCACCUCUGAAUCCACGUUCCAACAGAGAAAAGAUGAUGACUGUUUUAUUUGAGGGCCUUCAAGUUCCUGCAACAUAUGUUGCAGUCCAAGCAGUUUUAGCUCUCUACUCCUCAGGAAGAGUAACCGGCUGUGUGGUGGACAUAGGUGAUGGCGUAACGCACACUGCACCUGUCUUUGAAGGAUACUGUCUUCAACAUGCUGUGCUAAGGCUUGAUCUAGCAGGCAGAGACCUGACUGAUUAUCUAAUGCGAAUACUAAAUGAAAGUGGCAUUUCUUUUAUUAGUACAGCUGAAAGAGAAAUUGUCAAAGAAAUAAAAGAAGCGGUGUGCUACGUGGCUCUGGACAUAGAAUUGGAAAGAUCGAAGGACCCUGCAGCAUUGGAAGAAAAAUACACACUUCCAGAUGGAAAAAUAAUCCAUGUCCAAAAAGAGAGGUAUACAUGUCCAGAAACAUUGUUUAGCCCAGAUAAAAUCGGAGUAGAAGGACCGGGAAUUGAUAGAUUGUGUUUUAACAGCAUCAUGAAGUGUGACAUUGACCUUAGGAGCACCCUUUUCAACAAUGUGUUAAUGUCUGGAGGGACCAGCUUGCUUCCUGGAAUUGCUGGUCGUAUGACCAAGGAACUGACAACAUUGAUGUCACCAGAAUACCCACUAAAUGUUUUUGCCUCACCUGAAUCAAUGUUGGCAGUAUGGAUGGGAGGAUCUAUAUUGUCAUCUUUGUCUCCCUUUCAGAAAAUGUGGAUCACACGGUCAGAAUACAUGGAAGCUGGUCCAUGUAUAGUACACAGAAAAUGCUUCUAG